AUGGAGGACACUAUUAGAUUACAUGGCGACUCUCCAGCACUCACGCGAAGCACAUCGCCCACACAACAUGCAUUACCAAGCUCCUCAGACUCGUCAGCGACGAUAAAACCACUACCCACGAUACCACACAUGCCCCCUCCCUACGCAGACCAAGAGCCGUACCGUGAUGAUCCCCCAACACCCACAGAAGGCAUAUCCUCGACGCGUCAUCAACUCAUUUCACCCACAUAUGACCCGCACUCUCAGCACAGUCUGGUGUACCAACCAUACACAGACACCUCACCACCUCACACACCAAUCGCCGACGACGUACCUCUUGCACAUCUCCUCUCCACGCACACGUACGCGCAAUCAACGGAGUUCUCGAUCCAAUCUGACGAUGCCUUGUACCCAGCUGAUGCACCACCGUCAUACGCAAUCGCAGUCCGACAAUCAUAUCGCGACACACUCAUCCAAUACAUACCUAGCAGCCAGCACGACUCCCGAGUUGAAGAAGACGAGGAAAGCCAACUGGGUAUAGACGCGACAAGACCAGAUGAUGUGCGGUAUUCGGUCGAGAGAAUCGUCGCCAUGUUUGUUGUUGCGCUGCUCUUGUUGGUAGUGUCAGGGGUGCUUGCUUGGCUUGCACUGGGGAACAUGGGAUGA